CCCAUCACGCAUGCGCACUUAUAGGGGAGACGCCGAUGGGCGGAGUCAAGAGCCGGAAGUGCCUUGCAGCGCAGGCCUUCUCGGGAAACCCGCCCACCGGAACUGCCUCGAGGUCCCGCCCCCAAACGGAACCCUAGGUUGCUGGGCAACCGAUGCGGGCGCCGUAGGUGGGCUGUGUGCUCUCAGGAGCAAACCGAGCGUAGCUCCCACCUCCUACCCUGGCCCGCCUUUCUUAUUGCCGCCUCUCCGCGCGUCGCGGAAUCCCUGUCCUUGGCACUACUUACGUCUUUCCGAUUCCUACGACGCCUUAGCGCCCACCUGCUUCAAAACCAAACUCCACCGAAGGCGAGGCAGUCCGACCCCGGACAUGGCCUCUCUGUUGACUGACCGCACCUCUCGGGCCGUGAAUACCUACACCUACACCAGCCGGCCCCGGGCACUGCCCUGCCAGCGCCGCCGUUACCGGGACAACUUCUUGCAGCCAGAGGAAGAACCUAUGCGUUAUGGAAACAUAAUGUAUGACAGAAGGGUGAUCCGAGGCAACACCUAUGCACUACAGACAGGGCAGCUGCCUGGACAGCCUGAUCCUCUAGAGCUUCAGAGACAGCAGCAGGCUAAGAGGAGGGCUCUUGCCAGAAAACGAGCCCAAGAGCAGCUCCGACCACGAACGCCUGAACCUGUGGAAGGCAGAAAGCACAUGGAUGUACAGACAGAAUUAUACCUUGAAGAAAUUGCUGACCGCAUAAUAGAAGUUGAUAUGGAAUGCCAAACAGAUGCAUUUUUGGACAGACCAUCAACACCACUCUUUAUUCCUGCCAAAACUGGCAAAGAUGUGGACACUCAAAUACUAGAAGGAGAGCUCUUUAACUUUGAUCUGGAAGUUAAACCAAUGUUAGACGUUUUGGUGGGAAAAACAAUUGAGCAGUCUCUUCUGGAAGUAAUGGAAGAAGAAGAGUUGGCUAACCUGCAGGCCAUGCAGUAUGCUUAUGAAGAAAUUCAGAAUAUUGAACUUGCUGAAGUUCAGCGACUUGAAGAGCAAGAGAGGAGACACCGAGAAGAAAAAGAGCGUCGGAAGCACCAGCAGUGGGAAAUAGUGAACAAGCAUAAAGAGACCUCACAGAAAAUCGCCGCCCGUGCGUUUGCGCAGCGUUACCUGGCUGACCUUCUCCCAUCUGUUUUUAGCAGUCUCAGGGAUAGUGGCUACUUUUAUGAUCCCAUUGAAAGAGAUAUUGAGAUAGGAUUCCUUCCAUGGCUAAUGAAUGAAGUUGAAAAAACCAUGGAAUACAGCAUGGUGGGAAGAACAGUGCUUGACAUGUUGAUUCGUGAAGUGGUUGAAAAGAGGCUGAGUAUGUAUGAGAAUAAGGAGGACAAACAUCAGUCUCUGAGACCUGAGGAUGAGCAUGGUGGUCCUGGAGCAAUGAGAGACCAACCAGUCAGUUAUGACUUCCAAGAGCAAAGCCUGUCCCACACGCAGAGGCCUCUUUUAGACAGAGAUGACCUACCAAGAAUGUCAUAUGAUGGAAGGCCAUCCCAAGAAAGGAAGUAUAUGGAAGAAGGAGAGCUCUUAGGGCAAAGUGAAGAAACAGCAAUAAGGAAAUCCUUAGGGAAGGAAGAAUUGUAACAGCAGAGGGGAGCUUCAGAGUCAUGAAACUGAUCAGCAGCUGAAUCAGCGAUGCAAACGAUCAGGUAAUGAUGCAUGAGUCUCCUCAGGCUGUAGAAAUUAUGUUGUAUUUAGUCAACAUGUCUUUUUGUCUGAUGGACUGGGCAAAUUAAAUGUGAUAAAA